UUCUCCUCCUCAUCCUUCAGACUCCUCUGGUCUCCACACAGUUCGAAUCUGAAAAAUCAGGUUUUAUCUCCUCAGGAGUUUGACGAUGAAGAUGGUCCAGAUGGUCCAGAUGGUCCUGGUCCUGGUGGUCCUUGUGUGUCCAGUCUGGACCUCCUCCUACAGCCUGGACGGACCGGUGGACUGCAGCGACAUCUACCUGACCUCCAAUCAGACGGGGGUGUACACCGUGCACCCCCUGGAUGGAAGGUCCAUCCAGGUUUACUGUGACAUGGACACUGAAGGAGGAGGAUGGACGGUUUUCCAGAGGAGGAUGGACGGCUCAGUGAACUUCUACAGACCCUGGGACCAGUACAAGAAGGGCUUUGGAGACCUGAACGGAGAGUACUGGCUGGGUCUGGAUAACAUCCACUACUUGACUCGUCGUCGACCGUAUGAACUGUUGGUGCUGAUGUCCGACUUCGAUGGAAACAACGUGUCGGCUCGUUACUCCACGUUCUUCGUGGGCGGUGAACAUCGUGGAUAUGAACUGCACGUGACCGGGUUCACCGACGGAGGCGCCGGAGACUCUCUGAGUUACCACAGUGGGAUGAAGUUCACCACCUGGGACAAAGACCAGGACAAAUAUGGGUCCAACUGUGCCAGAGUUUACCUGGGCGCCUUUUGGCACAACGGCUGUCACUACGCCAACCCAAACGGGGUUUACCUGUGGGGGGCGGACGGGGCUCAGACCUCCACUGGGGUGCUCUGGUACACCUGGAAGGGCUACUACUACUCUGUCCAGACCUUCAUCAUGAUGAUCCGCCCGCUGGUCUAGAGCCGACGGCACCGCGAGAAAACCCCCCCAUACGAUGGAGAAGUCCAAACUAAAGGUUCUGCUGUCAGUGGUUCGGGUUCUACAGGCAAACUGGGAAAUGGGUUCUUCUGUGAAACUGGACAUGAGGAUAAAAACGCAGAAACCAGAUGGAGACGAAUGUUACGAAGCAAGUUUGGAAACACUUUGGGUCUAAUUUAAAAACAAAUACUUACUGAGAUAAAAGAGAAACUAUUUUUCAGAUAAAACACAUUUUA